CGUUACCACUUCAUUCUCACGUCGACGCCAGAAGACUGUCAUGUGAAGCACGUCGAUUCAAAGUGAUGGAUCAAAAGGAGGAAGCUGAAGGAGAUACAUACUCGAGCUCAAGAGACCAGAUAGGGGCAGAGAAGGGGUCUGAGCGCAGGCUAGUCUAGCCGAACCAAAGCUCAACACAACGAGAACCUCUCGCUGCCGCACACCUCGCAAUGGCUGCAGCUCCUGUUUCACCGCCUCACGGGCAUGGCGCUCUACCGCCUCCGCGAAGGCAACUUCACGUACGAGCACAUGAUCCGUAUGAUUGUCGCCAUCGACGAGCAUAUGGGUUGUGCGAUCCUCAACACCAUCUCGCGUGGAGGUUACCCGGGCGUGUACGAGCUGAGGGGGGCGCGAUACGGCAAGCGACGCCAUGAACGGCUCAACGGGGUGGUGCCGGCAGCAAUCCAAUUUAUCGACCUCAUCAACGACAAGGACAUUCGUGAUGACGUUGAGGUGGAGGACAUUGGUCGAAGGGCCGGCAAGUCGAAGGCGGUGACGAGGGCGGCCGUCGAGCGCAUCAAUUGGGUCACCCCGACCUCCUCGCUUGCUUCUGGCCCUUGCACGGCCGUCGACAACAUCACGACGAGCAAGUGGGGCUUGGUGCAGGCUCUUGCGCGAGAGGAGUUGGAGCGACAGCGCGAGGCCGGCGCAGCAAACGUGGCAAUCCUCGACGUGGAGCAGCCGACCACUCAAUCCUCCUUCUUCCGUGGCACCGACCACGUUCACCUCAGCCAGCCUCGCGCGGAAGACGAGACUUUCGACAUCGCCCCUGCCGGACGGAUCUCCAUCUACUCGCGCGAGACUCAGAUGGUUGGUGUGCCGGAGGACGCCGAUCAGAGGGCAGCCAAAUUCUCGUAUGAGGAGCGGCUGGAAGCCUGGGAGAGGAUGGGGGCGGCGGGAGUGACAGGAUGGCCGUGUAAGGUCAGGAAGGACACCAUCAUCGUGGAAUUCUUUGGCCGCAAACGCCGCCUAGAGCAAGACUGCUUUGGAGACCGCACGGCGCUCGAGGACGGAACCAAGGCAGUCCUCAAGCUCGUGCCGAUUGCUCGAGAUGGUUCUGCUUGCG